AUGACAUCCACACAGCGAAGUGAGAGCAUGAACUACGUGCUCAAGAAGAACUUUGUAAGUGAGAGACAAAACCUACACCGGUUUGUCAGCCAGGUAAACUCCUGCGUCAAAACCAGGAGGCAGACAGAGAACCAAGAGACAAUGGGUAACAGGAAGGAACAAAACACGCUGACCUUCUAUGGGUCUGAUACCCAGAUGGCAAAGGUUUACUCACAAGCUAUGUACAGUGAGAUCAGAAAAAGGCUAAAACUGAGCACACUCUUCACGGCGACAGAGAUGGAAGAGCCCACAAAGUACCUCGUGCGCUACAACAACCCGCAAAAACUGUCUGCGUGGUCUCAGCACGCGUUCCAGACAAUUAAGGCUGCCAGCGUUCCAGAGAAAUACAUCCUCAGGAGAUACACCAAACGCCCGAACAUCCAGCCAACAUUCAACAGAAAUGACUUGAGGACAGUAGCGUCAAACAAGGCAUCCCAAUACUGCAUUGAAAGCUCACUGCUGACACUGAACAUGAGGGUGCACAGAAAAAACCUGAGAAGCCAAGAGCAAAUGGCGAGGUCACGGGUCGUCUUGGACAAACUUGAACAAGAACUCGACGCCAUGCACUCUGCUGAAAAUGGAGGUGUCGCUGACAAUGAAACCAUUGAGCAGGAUAUUGCUACAAUGUUAUCCGAGAUGAACCAUCUGGGAGCUGUUGACCCGUUUGACAACGAGGAAGAGGAGCAGCAGCAACUAGAGCUUGCCCAUGUGCACACUCAAGAGCAGCAACAUGCUCACAUGCACGAUCAUGAGCUUGAUGGUGCUGUAGGCGAACGACAUGACAACAGGACAUCCUACCGGCAACAGCAGGAAAGGAUUGGAGCCACCCAGGUUUCUACCAAUGGAGACAACACACGUAACAGCUACACUUGCUGCAAGUGUGGGGGAACUGACGGGCAUAAUGCCCGCACGUGCAAAGUGGGCAAGGAGGUCAGUGGCGCUGAACAGACACAGGGCAAGGUGCAGAGUUCCAAAAAAUCAAAUGAAGACGAUGAAGAAGAAGAGUUUGAUGAGAAUGACGACCAAUCAGACGAAGACAAUGAAGAUGACAGUGUCGGGGACGAGGAAACUGAAACUGACGAUGAAGCUGCCAAGGCUCAACCAGGGCGCCGGCAAGGCACAACAUUCGGGGCCAGUUAG